AUGUCUUCUCUGGCCCAGCAGCGUCGCAUCGUCGAGCAGCUCAGACGGGAGUCUGAGAUAAAGCGCAUCGGCGUGUCCACAGCAGUGGAGGAUCUCAAGAAAUACGUUCUGGAGCGCGAGUCGGACGACUUUUUGCUGGUAGGGUUUCACUCCCAGAAGGCAAAUCCAUUUCGUGAAAAGAGCCCUUGCGUGCUUAUAUAA